AUGGUGACAAUCCCCGAUGCACAUGAAGAUUUGAUCCAUGACGCCGUUCUAGAUUACUACGGUAAGAAAUUGGCCACGGCGUCCUCCGACAAAACAAUCAAAAUCUUCGACAUUGACGGUGACAACUACAAGUUGGUGGACACCUUGACAGGCCACGAGGGUCCCGUAUGGCAGGUAGCAUGGGCUCACCCGCAAUUCGGCACAAUCUUGGCUUCGUGCUCAUACGAUGGUAAGGUCAUGAUUUGGAAGGUUUUGCCCGAAACUCAACAAUGGGCCAUGAUUGCAGAGCACACCAUCCACCAGGGAAGCGUCAACUCCGUUUCUUGGGCACCCCAGGAGUUGGGUCCUGUGUUGUUGUGUACAUCCUCCGAUGGAAAAGUGUCUGUCGUAGACUUUAACGAGAACGGUACCACAUCGCAUGUAGUCUUCGAGGCACACUCCAUUGGUGUUAACUCUGCCUCUUGGGCUCCUCUCACAGGCUCUGGCAAGGAUGCCUCGCAACACCAACGCCGAUUUGUCACUUGCGGCUCCGAUAACUUGGCCAAGAUAUGGUCCUUUGAUGCUGCAAGCAGCACUUACGUGUUGGAGGCCACUUUGGCUGGCCACAGUGACUGGGUCCGUGACGUAGCUUGGUCUGGAUCUGUGCUUGUGCGUUCAUACAUUGCCACUGCUUCGCAAGAUUGCACUGUGCUCAUUUGGUCACAGGAUGACAAUGGUCACUGGCAGAAGCAGCCUUUGACCGAAAACAAGUUUCCUGAUGUCUGUUGGAGAGCCUCGUGGUCGUUGUCCGGUAACAUUUUGGCUGUCUCCGGUGGCGACAACAAAAUUACGUUGUGGAAGGAGAACUUACAGGGCAAGUGGGAAUCCGCUGGCGAGGUGGAUCAGUAA